GAUCUGAUCUGAGGAUCAAAUCUUUCAAAUAAAAAUAAAAAUCUAGUCUGAGGAGGGAGGAUUUAGGGUUGGUAUUUGGGAACACGAUUGAUUCACUUUUCUUGUCUUCUCCAAUCUGACAUGGAAAUCGAGUUUGUUUUGCCUUUCGAAUUGUGGAUUGAAAUUUUAUCUUGGCUUCCUGUGAAGACCCUGAUGCGAUUCAGUUGUGUUUCCAAGUCAUGGAAAUCACUCAUCUAUCAAGACAGAGACUUCAAGAAACUUCACUUGGACAGAUCACCUAAAAACAACAAUCAAGUAAUCCUCACCUUACAAAAACCACUCUUCUCUGGCCGCACCUUCUUCCCGUUCCCCGUGCGUCGCUUGCUCCAGGACCAGGAGCCCUCCUCAUCCUCCAUUAUCGACGACAUCCCUUUUGAGGAGGAGGACGAGGACGAGGAGGACAACUACCACGAUACCAUUGGAUCAUGUAACGGCUUGGUCUGUUUGUACGGCAUUAAUGAUCAUGGCUUGUGGUUCCGCCUCUGGAACCCUGCCACGCGCUUCAGGUUCCACAAGUCGCCACCCUUAGACGCUGUUAUAGGCUCCACUCUUCAUUUUGCCUUCGGCUAUGAUCAUUCACGCGACACUUAUAAGGUGGUGGUGUUGUGUUCUAUAUAUUAUGGCCGCCGUCUAGGGGGGCAACUUCUCACAAUGGUUCAUUGCAUCGGUGAUAGUUGUUGGAGACAGAUUUCGAGGGACCCUGGCCUCCCAGUUGAGCUAGAUCAUACCAAUGGACUGUUUGUAGGGGGCUGUGUUAAUUGGGUAGCACUUGACGACCUCCAACGACGGAUUGUUUCCUUUGACAUUCAUGACGAGACGUACCAGUCGUUGUCACUACCUAAGGGUACUAGUGAGUUGCCUUACGUUGAGAUACAGGUUUUGGGGAAUUGCCUUUGCCUUUUUCAUGACGAUAAUAGAACUCAUUUUGUUGGGUGGAAAAUGACAGAGUAUGGAGUACCAGAAUCUUGGACUCGUAUGUUGAGUAUCAGUUAUCAACAUUUUCAAUGUAAUGAUGUCAUUCUGCGUCAUCGAUGGCUGGUAUGCUUGUGUGGAGAUGGAAACAUCCUUAUGCUCGCAAAAGAUGAGGGCGGUUUGGUUAUCAUAUUUAAUCUAAGUGAUAAUAGUGUGAAAUAUAUCAAAUUCCCACAAAAAGACUUUGGUUGGGUGCUGAGGAUUACGUAGAGAGUCUGAUUUCACCUUGUUAAGAUUAAGCUCCUUGGUGACAAUUUGUUUUUCUGAAUUUAUCUUAAAUUAUGUAAGAGAUGAUUAGUGUUAUUUAACUUUACUAAUUUGUUGGUGACUC